GAAGCCUUGUUCCCGCUUUACGCUCUUCCGACUUCUCCUGACGACGAGUGGCAAGAAAUCAGUGUUGCCCCGGAACCUACAAAACCUUUUGCUCAUACAAUUCUCGUAAAAUGUCUGCAAUUAAAGUUAGAAGUGGUGCUAAUAUUUGCGAGUCUUACAUUAUCUACUAUUCAAUCUGAAAUGCUUUUGGAUCUAAUGUAUAGAAUCGCCAAGGGUUAUCAAGGAUCGCCUGAUCUUCGGCUGACUUGGCUCGCAAACAUGGCGCAGCAGCACAUGGAAAGGAAAAAUCACACGGAAGCAGCAAUGUGUUUGGUGCACAGUGCCGCUCUGGUAGUGGAAUAUCUUCAUCUACUCGAACCUGGUGACGGCGUUCGGCCCGUAGAAGCCGUUGCUGUGAACGCCGUAACACCGAACGCUUUAGAGGAGAGCGCCGUCGGCGAUGACGUACUAAUCAGAAGGGAAGAAAAGCUUUGCUUAAACCCUGAUUUUUCAGAAAGUGGAUUGACGGGUUUUUUGGAGCACGCGCCUAGCUUUUUUCACGCAACUGGAAUGUACGAAGCUAUUCCUGACGUCUAUAGGGUGUUGCUACCUAUAGCAGAAGCUGCACAUGACUACAAUAAAUUAGCUAACAUUUACGGUAAACUUCACGAGGCAUAUACGCGUGUGGAACAAUUGGCCGGCAAGCGUGUCUUUGGGACGUACUUCAGAGUUGGUUUCUAUGGCGCCAGAUUCGGCGAUCUCGGCGGCGAAGAGUUUGUUUACAAAGAGCCAACUUUAACAAAACUUUUGGAAAUAUUCUCGAGACUCGAGAACUUUUAUGCCGAGAAAUUCGGCGCGGAGUGCAAGCUGGAACCGGACAAAGCUUAUGUACAGAUCACUUACGUGGAGCCGUAUUUCGAAGCACACGAGCUUAGACACAGACCUACAGUUUUUCAUCGGAAUUUCAACAUGAAACGAUUUGUUUAUGCGACAUCUUUUACUCCUGGUGGCAAAGCUUACGGUGAAUUAUGUGAACAGUGUAAACGGAAGACUAUAUUAACGGUGACGACACAUUUCCCAUAUCUGAAAACCAGAAAUCGAGUUGUGGCUCGAAAACAGAUAGUCCUGAGUCCCAUCGAAGUGGCAAUUGAAGACAUACAGAAGAAGACUCUCGAGGUAUUGAUCGAUUUCUCACAUCUUAAUAUUUUUACAGUACACAUGUAA